AUAAACCCAAAACCAGAAUCGUAGAUUGAGUUCUUCUGUAAUGAGGGGUAGGAAGCAGUGUGCACCCCAUGCAAGAAAAACAAACAAAGGAACUGUUGUUGGUUUUUUAAGCACAGACUACACGGAGUAAAAGUGAGUGUUCCCGGAUUAUGGGGGUGCAGCGGUGGGGAGGCUUGUCGGAGGACGGCUCCAGCCAGCGAGCUGUCCCUGGCCAGUCCCGUCUGCACUUUUCCCCAGUGGCCGCUGGUGCCCAGGAGAGAAGGCAGUAGGCUUCCACCCUGUCAGGGAGACCCUGUGGGAGCAGGGCUGUCCCAGCCCCCCGAGACCUGUCACCGGACAGAUCGGGAAGGGAACUCGCUGGCAUUGUGAACACGAGGCCGCCCCGGGCACGCGCCCUGGCUUUGUAUUCCCGUCUUGAAAGAGCAGCGCUUUGCCCAAGUUACUGCCCUCCUCCCUCUGCACCUCUGCUAUCGAUUGCCUGCUCUUUCUUCUUUGUCUGGAUGUCUGAUCUGAGUAGACUUCUCUGUGUUCAUCCCUCCCAGAGGCUGAGGUGGGGGUGCGGGUGGGGAUUCGCCCCGUGAUGUGUGAAGAGUUCUCUCUCUCUGCCCCAUGGAUAAGAACGCCAGCUUCUGCCCUCUGCUCUUCGUCCUUCCACACGAGGAGCCUUUUCUUCCUCCUUAGGCAAACUUUGUAGAUGAAGCGUCACGCACACAAAGAAAACGCACUCACCGUUUGUGCACAACUCAGUGAAGUUUCCCGAAGUGAAAACACCUUUGUUUCAACAGAUGCAGCUUUUCCUCCAGAGCAUCUGUUCGCUGUUGGGCCGAUCGUUGUUCUUUUCCGGCAGUAGCCGUGCGUGGUUUUCCUUAGGUCCUGUGAAAGGGGUCCCCAAGCAGGGCAUGAUGGUGUCGUUCGGCCAAGCUGGCGUAUCUCAGUGGGCUGGCACUGAGAGGCCUAGGGUGGGAUGUCUGGUCCCCCUGCUGGUCGCCAAACCAGAGCUGCCGGGUUCCUCCCAGGUCUCACAGUGGCCCCUGUCAGGAGGGUCAGGAAGGUAAGUUGGCCUCGAUGCCUUUGAUAGUGGACGCCGGGAUUUGGCCCCGGCUGCUCCAGGCCGUCCCCUGCCUGCACUUGCUGCUGGCUGCCCUCUCCAGUCGCUUGGUGAGGAGGGGGCGUUUGGGAGUCCUGCCGCUCUGCCCGGAAGGACCCUCUUCAGCUGGAACCCACGGCUGUGGGAAGCCCCCUUUGCAACCGGCUGGAAGAGGCCUCUCCCUUCCAGCCGCAGUCUGGGCCCCUGCAAGGGAGGAAAGCAGCCGUACCAGUGAUCUCUUGAGCCCUGGGCCUUUGUGUCUGCCGAAGGCCUUUCCCAGAGCCCCCCGACAGAUAGGAGGAGGAUGAAAUGUCCUGCCAUCCCAACACGUAUGUCCCCAAGGACCUGGGGAACAGUGGGCUCAGUCCCAGACCUGUGCGCCUCCCUCAGGUGUAGGCUCCAGCUCGGGGGUCUUAGCCCAGGGCGGCUGUUAGGCCGCUCGUGCUGCCAAGGCUGGGGAAGUCAGUGUCUGAGAAGGAGCGUGCUCCAAGGUGAAGCCCUCAGUGCUCUGCUGGGUGAGGGCCUGCCGCCCGCCCGGUCUUAUCUGGGAGGGGCUUUGCUGAGAGACCCACAUCCCUGGUCAAGUUACCUCUGGGCAGGGCAAGGCUUGGGGUCUCCCAGAAUUCAGGGGUUGCAGCCACUUGGGGCCGUGUGGAGGUUGUGAGAGGCCAUGAAGACUGGUGCCCCCCAGCCAGACAGAAAACAACGGGGAGCCUGCCAUUCUCCAGGGUCCCCAUGUCUAGACAGCUGCCUGGCUCGACUGUGACCAGAGGGAACAGUCCCCCCACCCGGAACCCAGCCCCGAUGUGACGGACAGGUGCAUCCUGUAGGCGGGGGGGAGAGUCAGAGGAGUGGCCAGAGCCCCACAAGAGCAGCAAGGCUCCUCUGGUAUAUUCUGGGGCUCCCGUCCCGUGCCCACAGCCGCCAGCAUGUGGUUUCCCUCAGCCCAGAAGUAAUCUGUUUAAAUUUUCAUCUUCAGUCUCGCUGGCUUCGUGAGUAAAUCGAGGUUCGUCAGAUUUUCAUCUGUAUCUUUCAUCGUUAAUGAGAUCUCGCGUUUUUCCACGUGCUACACGUAAAAUACUCUCAUCGCCUGCCUUAAAAACAAGAAGUAAACCUUCACGUUCAGCCCUGCACACCCUUCGUGCCCGGCAUGGUGCUCAAGGCCUUCUUCCCCACGUGCUGCGCCUCGGCCGACAGCGGCCUGCUGGUGGGACGGUGGGUCCCGGAGCAGACCAGCGCUGUGGUCCUGGCUGUGGUGCACUUUCCCUUCAUCCCCAUCCAGGUGAAGGAGCUCCUGGCUCGGGUGCAGCGGGCCAGCCAGGUGGGGGUGGCCGUGCUGGGCACCUGGUGCCACCGCCAGCAGGGUGCCGAGGAGAGCCUGGGCCACUUCCCGGAGGGCCUGGGCGCCAUCUUCCCCCAUGAGCCCUGGCUCCAGCUGUGCCGGGAGAGGGGCAGCAAGUUCUGGAGCUGCAAGGCCACCCGCCGGCAGGCACCUACCUGCCCCGGUGCCCCCGGCGAGGACCAGGUCAUGCUUGUCUUCUAUGACCAGCGCAAGGUGCUGCUGUCCGAGCUGCACCCGCCCGUGGCCCCGCCUGACCGCCAGGCUGGCGAUGCCGUGGCCGGUGCUGGGGGCUUGGCUGCUGUCUUUGACACGGUGGCGCGCAGCGAGGAGCUCUUCCGAAGUGACCGGUUCGACGAGGGCCCCGUGCGGUUGAGCCACUGGCAGUCGGAGGGCGUGGAGGCCAGCAUCCUCGCGGAGCUGGCGAGGCGGGCCUCGGGGCCCAUCUGCCUGCUGCUGGGCGGCCUGCUGUCACUUGUCUCAGCCGCCAGCGCCUGCCGGGUGUUCCAGCUGUGGCCCCUGUCCUUUAUCUGGAGCAAGCUCUCCACAUGUGAGCAGCUCAGGCACCGGCUGGAGCAGCUCACGUUUGUCUUCAGCACCCAGAAGGCCGAGAACCCCACCCAGCUGAUGAGAAAGGCCAACGUGCUUGUCUCUGUGUUUCUUGACGUGGCCCUUGGUCUUGCGCUUAUAUCUUGGCUUCACGGGAAGGACCGGAUCGGCCACCUGGCAGAGGCGCUCGUCCCCGUGGCUGAUCACGUGGCCGAGGAGCUCCAGCAUCUCCUGCAGUGGCUGAUGGGAGCACCUGCUGGGCUGAAGAUGAACCGGGCGCUGGACCAGGUCCUCGGCCGCUUCUUCCUAUACCAUCUGCAUCUGUGGAUCAGCUACAUCCACCUCAUGUCCCCCUUCAUCGAGCGCAUCCUGUGGCACGUGGGCCUCUCGGCCUGCCUGGGCCUGACGGUCGCCCUGUCCAUCCUGUCAGACAUCAUCGCUCUCCUCACCUUCCACAUCUACUGCUUCUACGUCUACGGCGCCAGGCUGUACUGCCUGAAGAUCUGUGGCCUGUCCUCGCUCUGGCGUCUGUUCCGGGGGAAGAAGUGGAAUGUUCUGCGCCAGCGGGUGGACUCCUGCUCCUAUGACCUGGACCAGCUGUUCAUCGGGACCUUGCUCUUCACCAUCCUGCUCUUCCUCCUGCCCACCACAGCCCUGUACUACCUGGUGUUCACCCUGCUCCGGCUCCUGGUGGUGGCCGUGCAGGGCCUGAUCCAUGUGCUCGUGGACCUCAUCAACUCCCUGCCGCUGUACUCCCUCGGCCUCCGGCUCUGCCGGCCUUACAGGCUUGCAGCCGGCGUGAAGUUCCGAGUCCUGGAGCAUGAAGCUGAUAGGCCCCUCCGCCUCUUGAUGCAGCUGUGGCUGCCACCCCACCCACUCCUGGGGCUCCCUGUGCCGCAAGCUUUUCUUCGGGGAGCUCAUCUACCCCUGGAGGCAGAAAGGGGACAAGCGGGACUGACGGACCCUGGCCACCGGCCCGCCCGGCACCGCCACACGGCCACAGUCAGCCCUCCAUGCUGCCGGGGACGCUGACCGUCAGGACGGCACGCGUCCGUGCCGUUUGCCUUCUGUGCCCCCGGUUGUCUGAGGCCUCUACAUCUGCCCCUGGCUCCGAGGCUGCGGGGUGCUGAGCAGGAGGUCGCAGGGGCAGCCAGCCGGGCCAGCAGGCCCGUGCUUCAUCACUAGCAGUGUUUGCCUCAGGACCCGCCUCCUGACCUGCUGGGAUGGCAUCGGCAACCCGGUGCCCCCCAGCCCCCGGGGGCCUGCCCAGGAGCCCUGCUCUGCCCCUCCCAUCACACCCAGACUCCGGGAGGGGUUUGUAGGCCUCUGCCCCUGACCACCACGGCCACUGCCAACGGGGCAAGCUGGCAGCUCUCCCUGUCGGGAGGUAGAGGGACAGCUCCACCGGGAUGCGCUCAACGGUCCUUGAGGCGGACCCCCAGCAUCCCGUCCUUGGGGGUUGCUCCAGGGUCCCCAGAACCAGCAGCCCCGGUGGCCCCGAGCCCUCUGGGAAGCCGGCAGCACUGCCCUUGGAGCCUGGACCACACAAGGGUUUGCUUGAAGCCACCCGGAGAGGUUGUCCCGCAGGGGGAGCUGCCGUGGGCCUUCGGGUCUCCCUGUGUGAAGCCGGGCCACGUGGGAGCCUGGAGCCGCCUUGCCAGAGACCAGACAGCCGUUCACCCUGCCGCCCUGUCCCUGCCCCACACCCCUGCGGGAACGGGCCCCUUGGCCAAAUACCAUCUCCCUCACUGACGUCGCACAGAAGCAGGUAGCUCCUAGAGAGACCACGUUUGUGGUCUCCAGUGUGUGUGUGGCAGGGGGGUGGGGGGCAGCGUUCAGGCCGCGUCUGCCUGCCGGCUGGCGUGGCAUCUGACUAUGGGCGCGAGCCCCACAAUCCCCAGGGGGAGGAAGACUGUACGUGCGGAUGGCAUCGUCUGUGUUUUGUCCUCCUGGAGUUGUUUGUGCUCGUGCCGUAGCCCGAGCAGGAGAAGGGGCAGCGGCCUCUGUUCGUUGCGGGCACUCGGGCCUGUCCACCUCUGCCGCCUGCACCCCUUGGCCGCGGGCCGCGGCGGGGAGCCCCUGGGGGAGUUCCCAGCAGCGCCGCAUGUGACGGGACACGUCCUGGCUCCGCCUGUUUCUGCUGAGACAAUAAAACUUCCCACCCGUUUG